UUUCCGUUAACGUUCUUUAACUAAGUAAUCGAAUAAAUUCGAAUAGUUAGAUUUCCAUAAAGUAAAGCAAAUGCAACCAGCAAAAUUAUGUCGACGAGUUCCAUUGUGAAAGCGACGAAGUUAAGGUUCACGAUAUCGGACGAUUUGUUCCUUUUAAAUAAAGUGAUUGAAUCUAAUCCGUACGACGACGGUUUAAGGUGGAAGGCGAUACGAAAUGCAAUUGUGGAGGACACCGGCAAAAAUUUUACGGUGCGUGCGACUAGGGAACACGUGGAUCACCUAUUAAAAUUAUUUAUAAAAAGCGACUAUUACAAUUUGAGAAAAUCAGCCACCGAUGAUCAAUACGAACAAAAAAUACUUUUGUUAAAACAAAUUUCUGAUUAUGUGUAUUUGAAAAAUGAACGGAAUGGGAAUGGAUUGGAGUUGGACAAUGAAAUUAAUGCAACUUCUGAACAUAUUAAAAUUGAAGUCGAGGAAGCAACUUUGGAGGACAUUAACUCUCAGGAAGAUGAUAUUACGGAACAGCCUUUAAUCGAAAGUGAAACCCCAAUAAAUAACAAUCUAAACAGUAUUCCUUCAUCAAAAACUAAUCCCAGAGCUUCAGCCAUCCUAGUUAGAAGGCCUCGUAAAAGAAUAAUACCCAGCACAGCCUACAGUACCUACUUCCAAUACAAACGAGAUUCGGAAAACAAACUAAGGGAAAAAGAAUUGGAUUUGGAGGAACGUAAACUUGCAGCGGAAGAACGUAGAAUCAAUUUAGAAGAAUUAAAGUUCGCACAAGAAAAAACUGAAAAGGAACAGCGUCUACAAAUUGAGUUAGAAGAAAGAAGGCACCGACUUAAACUGGAAACUCAGCAACAAGAAAUAUAUACUUUGUUAAUACAGUUUUUAAUAAAUAAAAAAUAG